ACGGAGGAGGAGGAAGAAGAAGAGUGCGACGAGUGGCGUGAGCGCCAGAGAAGCUGGCGGGCGGGCAAGAGAGAGAAAAAAAAGUCCAAGCAAAGCGACGUCCAAGCGCGGAGAAGUCACGUCGAACUCGGAGACAUGUCGAACGGCGAUGAAGAUGCGGCCGAGGCGAAGUGAUCACUCGCCGGAGGGUUCGCGGAACAAGUUCCUGGAAGAGUGAAAGCGCUUUUUGAGUUUGCCUCGACCGCCUUUUUUGCUGUUGUUGUCUUUGAGAACAACUUUGAGAAGCACUACCAGACCGCUACCGGACCCUAGCCGCUUAGCUCCGCGGAGAGUGAGCCCUCUCGGUCGGGCUCAGAGAGAGGCAAAGUACCUCCUCGUUUCCCACCAAGCGGGGUGCGGAGGAGGCGCACUCCAGUCGGCGGAGUUUCACUAACUUUUACGGUCAAAAUGAAGACCCCGGGAGACAACGGUUUCGCCUUUCCCGACUGGGCCUACAAGCCUGAGUCGAGCCCGGGAUCACGGCAGAUACAGCUGUGGCACUUCAUCCUGGAACUGCUGAGGAAAGAGGAAUACCACGACGUCAUCGCGUGGCAGGGUGACUACGGCGAGUUUGUCAUCAAGGAUCCGGAUGAAGUGGCCCGGCUAUGGGGGGCCAGGAAGUGUAAACCUCAAAUGAACUAUGACAAACUGAGCAGGGCACUGAGAUACUACUACAACAAGAGAAUCCUCCACAAGACCAAAGGCAAGCGGUUCACGUACAAAUUCAACUUCAAUAAGCUGGUGCUGGUCAACUACCCCUUCAUUGACAUGGGCUCUACUGGAAACAAUGUGCCUCAGAGCGCCCCGCCCGUCCCUUCCGGUGCAGGGACCCACUUCCGGUUCCCUCCCUCCACACCCUCGGAAGUCCUCUCCCCGAAUGAGGACCUCCGCAGCCCGGGCAGCCUAUACAGCUCGGUGGCCCGUCGCGUGGCCCGCGGUUCCGUGAGUGACUGCAGCGACGGCACCUCCGUCAAUUCCGAGAUAGAGGAUGGCAUUACGGGUGGCGGGGAGGAGAGGGCGGAGAGGAGUGUGGGUGGAGGAGGAGGGCCCCCGGGUGGAGGCUACAGAAGCAUCAUUCACCCCCGCUUGUCUCACGAAGCUCUGUUCCGUUUAUAUGGAGGAGCAGUCAACCCAGGUGCUCACCCGGGAGCCCGUGGCCACGCCGGACACCGUAUCCACCCAGAACCUUUGUCCCCCUUCCCCGUGUCCCCCCUGCCUGGGCCUGGUGGACCGGGCCUCCUUGCCCCGCCUUUGUCCCCAGCUCUCAGCAUGACUCCCGCGUCCCACCUCCCUUACACUCCCUCCCCCACGCUCUCGCCCAUGCUGGGCUCCCACUUCUCCUUCAACCCAGAGGACAUGAAGCGCUACCUUCAGGCCCACACGCAGUCUGUGUACAACUAUGGGCUUAGCCCCCGGGCUUUCCUACAGUACCCCAACAUCGUCAUACCACAGCCUCACCGGCCCGCCGCUGACAAGGUGGGUCUAGGCGGCGACCGUGGCGCGGCGGAGCGGGCCGAGAGAGAACGAGGUGGUGAGCGGCAACAUCACGCCCCGCUGUCUCACUCCCACCACCACCAUCCGCACCAGCCUCACUCCGCCCACCCUCACCCCCAUUCCCACCCGAUGCAUCACACGCUUCAUCUGGGCGAGGAGCCCCCGCACAUGUCCCCAUUCAAAUUUAAGCUGCAGCCUCCGCCGCUGGGCCGCAAGCAAAGGGAAGGGCAGUGCCAGAGCAAAGCUCGGCAGAGCUCGUUGUCCUCCGGCUCGGGGUCAGGGUCCAUGUCAUCCACCUCAGGCCUGGGCUCCUCGCUCUCGUUCGGCAGUGACCUGAGCUCGGCCAGCGGCUCGGGCCUCAUCUCUGCGUCGUCCUCCACGCAGUCGCUCAACAGUGCAGGACUUCCCAAGAUCAAGGUGGAGCCCAUCUCGGACAUCGAAUCGGAGGAAGAGGUAGAGGUGACUGACAUCAGUGACGAAGACCCCGACGAACGAGAAGAAGACUUUGAGCUCUUUGCGCAUCAUCUAUCUAGAGCCCCGAAUCACAAUCACCGCCACCUCAUCUCCAACGGCUUGGCCGCCCACUCGUCACUCCCUGACGAGGACCUGGACGAGGACGUUUUCAAAGCCCCCGCCCCGCCCCCCUCCGGCCUAAUGCCAUUCUUGGCGUCGCAACACGGUUACUCCAACGCCCACCGCGGGUCGACCAUCUUGAAAACUGAGCCCAGUGAGCCCGCGGACGAGAGUCCUCCCCCACAUCCGCCGCCUCAAACCAAGUGCAUCCCCCUCAAGCUACGCUUCAAGAGGCGCUGGAGCGAAGACCAGCGCAUGGAGGCCUCGCAGGAGGAGUCCGACGACAAGAAAGUCCGACCGCAUGAGCAGAGGGACCGGCAGAGCGACCGGCACAUGGAAACGGAGGACGACGGGUCCGGAGAUGGGGAUGGCCACCCUCUGUCAGCCUACCAGAACUCCACAGUCCCGCCAUUACCCGCGCAUCGACGAGUGAGCGCAGAGCUCCAUCGGGCCACGGCGCAACUGUCUCUGGAGAACAAAGACUGCUGAUGGAACUGUAACGGUUCCUUGAUAAUACCCGAAACAUCUCCCUCCAGGCCCAACUGACACCUCAAUGACCGCCUUACUAUGACACUGACAGAUCACCCACCAACAGGUUCUCUUUCAGGAUUCUUCUGGGACAAGUUUUUGUGAGAGAACAUACACUUUGAUCCAACCAUCGCAUGAACACCCAACAAAAAGCCACGUUUCCACCAAGCAGUAGGAUUUGCUUCAGCUAAACCUAAUUCUAACAGAGAUGGGCCUGGCAAUGAAGCUUCAUUCGACUCUGCUGGGGACACAAGCGUUAAAAAAAAUAAAUAAAUAAAUUCCGCACUAUAAGACGCACCUGGCUAUAAGCCACCACCCACCAAAUUUGACACGAAAAUGGCAUUUGUCCACAGAUUAGCCGCACUGGACCUAACCCUAAACGCAGCUGUCCUCACUACAUAUAUUAUGAGAUAUUUAAACUAACUAGGGCUGUCAAACGAUUAAAAUUUUUAAUCGAGGUAAUCACAGCUUAAAAAUUAAUUAAUCGUAAUUAAUCGCAAUUCAAACCAUCUCUAAAAUAAGCCAUAUUUUUCUGUAAAUUAUUGUUGGAAUGGAAAGAUGAGACACAAGACGGAUAUAUACAUACAACAUACUGUACAUAAGUACUGAAUUUGUUUAUUGUAACAAUAAAUCCACAAAUGGCAUUAUUAACAUUCUUUCUGUUAAAGUGAUCCACGGAUAGAAAGACUUGUAGUUCUUAAAAGAUAAAAUGUUAUAGUUACAAGUUAUAGUAAUUUUAUAUUAAAACCACUCUUCAUGUUUUCGUUUUAAUAAAAUUUGUAAAAUUUUCAAUCAAAAUUAGAGUUAAUAUAAUAAUAGUAAGAAUAAAAAUAACAAUUAUAAGAAUAGAGUGACCAAAGUCUGAGUAAGUUUUACGUGUAUUUUGCAUAGCUAUUUUGAUAUGGAAUGCCAGUUCAUUUUGCAUCGUUGUUUAACUGUGUGAGAAGAGGGCCUCAUUACUAUAGACUGAAGUGCUUUUCUUUUUGUGAACAUUAUUUUUUUUGAGAGAUAGGAAUAUUAUUUUUGUUGUGCUUUCACUAAACAAUACUUAUGUUUGUUGUGAAGGAGUUGCCGAAACUUAUGCCAAUUAACGGCGCGGUCCAAAGACCGCCUGUGUCCACUCGCCUCUAUAAAAUAUAUAUCUCUGUACAUAUCUUACCUAAAAUACAACAAGAGACACAUAAUUGCCACUAAAAGAAAGAAAACUUACCGAAAUAUGUAUGGAGCACAAAUAGCAAUUUGCAUUGCAUUGUGCAUACAGCAUAAACAUCUCACAAAGACUAAUUCUCCCACGUUUAGAAGAAAUAACAUUAGUAUGGAACGGCGCUGCCCCCAAGCGGCUGGUGGCAUUCUCUUCACUCUUAAUGUCCAUAAACGGCCUCAUUGUAAUCUGUUUGAGGCAAUGUGCGAGCGGGUCAUUCAGUGCAUGCGUUAAUUGCGUCAAAUAUUUUAACGUGAUUAAUUUAAAAAAUGAAUUACCGCCCAUUAACGCAAUAAUUUUGACAGCCCUAAUUUAAACCAAAUGAUUUCAACCAGUAUCACUUUAUUUGACAUUUGUCAUAAGACCAAAUGAACAACCAUGAAGCUUUAAACCAAUUGGCUGCAAAGCUUCAUUGCUUCAAAAAGCUUCAAUUUGGCCACCACUGUUCUCUUGGGGGAGACAGUCAACCUCUGCUGCCACCUGCCGUCAACACUGUUGUCGACCAAUAUGCCUCCUAGCAUGCAUUGCAGCGCUAUAGAUGUACAUAAUAACCAAAAUGGAUGUUCUGUGCUAAUUAUUUCUUCAGUUACUGUUCUAGUUGUUUCAUUAAUUGCUAAUUAUCAGAGGCCUGCGAAAUUUCCGAUUCUUAGAUUAUUCGCGAUUUGGCCGUGGAAGAUUCGAGAACGAUUCACAAACAUCCAAAUUCCGAUUAUUGAAUUAUACCAGGUAAAGCGGAAGUAAAACACUGUAGGCGCGGUCUUUGGGAAGCAAUGAGGAACCGACCGAGAGUAAAUACCAUGUUCAACUCAUGCCGCUAGAUAAAAAAACAAUCGUAUUUGAAUGCGGCCGACAGCCGCUACAAACAACGGCCAGUUGCUAGCUGCUACAAACAUACAGCUACAGUAGAUAUCAUAUAUACAGUACUGUGCAAAAGUUUUUAAACUUUUGCACAGUACUGUAUGUAGAACUAAAUGCCAAAUGACAGACGACGGCGGUGUUAGAACAUGUAUUAUUGAACAGAGAUGCGAAAUGACAGACUUGCUGGCGUUAGUAAACAGCCACCAUCUUAAAGCAGUAGACUUCUCUAGAAGGCUCUUUUGUAGCGAACCUAAUUAACUUUGUAUCUAAAAUACUCCUAAAUCGGCAAAAUCUUGUCUUGAAUCUAUCUUUAAAUGAUGAAACAGUUUUACAACUUUGACAUGUCAAAAGUAGACAGAAGGGAAAUUAUGAAAUAACGGGAGCCAUUUUAACAACUGUAACGGUUGAUUCACAACAUUGAAUUAAUUGAAAGUAGUUUAAAGCUGCUGAUACAGAAUGGGGACUGGGGUUAUUUUUGUAUAUUUGUUUACUGUUAUAUGUUAACUUGAUACUGAAAUAGUAGUUUGGUUUAGCCUGAGAGGAUUUUUGAACAAUUUUGGAACUAAUGUACUAAACAUUAAAAAAAAAAAAAAAAAAAAAAGAGGGGGGUGCAUCAAUAAUCGUUUUAUAAUCGAAUCGGAGCCUCUAAAUCGUAAUCGAAUCGUUAGGUGCCCAAAGAUUCCCAGCUCUACUAGUUAUGGAGUUUGGUAACCCUUUAUUUGACAAUGGCGCCAUAAGACUGUCAUAAGACUAUCAUAAUUAUGACACGACCAUGUCAUGAUCAUUAAUAAAUGGUUAUAACAGAUGUCAUUUCGUGUUACCCAGCAAAUUAUCUCCCUUUUGAACGGAUGUAAAAAAUCCGAGCUGGACAUAAAUUGAGUUAGUGACAUGACACUUAAUGACAUCUGUUAUAAGCAUUCAUUAAUGCCCAUGAUAAUGUCAUGUCAUAACUAUGACGGUCUUAUGGCAGUCUUUAUGACGCUACUGUCAAUUAAAGUGUUACCUAUUAACCCAAAUACAUCCACAUAUUAAGCCACACUGGGCUAUAAGCCACAGGAUUCAAAAUGAAAUAAAAAUGUAGCGGCUUAUAGUCCGAAAAUUACGGUAAGAGGUGACACUUCAUUUGACAGCGGCGUCAUAAAACCGUCAUAAUUAUGACAUGAUGCUAUCAUGGGCAUUACUGAAUGCUUAUGACAGAUGUCAUUAAGUGUCAUCUGGCAAAUUAUGUCACUAACUCCAUUUAUGCUCAGAUCAGAUCUUUUACAUCCAUUCAAAAGGGAGAUAAUUUGCCGGAUAACACUAAAUGGCAUCUUUUAUCAGCAUUAAUUAAUGCUCAUGACAUUGUCAUGUCGUAAUUGUGAUUGUCUAAUGACAGUCUUAUGGCACCACUGUCAAAUAACGUGUUAGCAAAUACCAGAACUAGCAAUUAAUGAAACUGGAACAGUAACUGAAGAAAUAAUUAGCACAGAACAUGAAUUUGUUUGUGAUUUACAUCUGUAGCGCUGCAAUGCAUUCCAGGUGGCAUGUUGGACAACAAAAUUGUUGACAACAGGUGGCAGCAGAGGUCACCUGUCUCCGCCAAGGGAGCAGUGAUGGCCAAAUGAAGCUUUGCAGCUAAUUGGUUCAAAGCUUCAUGGUGGUUCAUUUGGUCUUAUGGCAGUCAUAUAAUGCUGCUGUCAAAUAAAGUGUUACUGGGUAAUAUCUUUUGGUGUAAAUAUCCCAUAAUACAGUGAAGACAGCUUUGGUUUCUAGUCCAGUGCAGCUUAUCUAUGAACAAAUAACGUUUUCAAGUCCUCGAAUCCUCCUUUGUGAAGUUAGCGUUAGUCCCCUGUAGGACUCAAGCUGUAAAAACUCUUCCUGGUUCAUGAAAACCUCUAAAUUGUCCAUGUCAAAUGCUUCUGUUCGUCAAAGUGUCCUCUGCCUCUUGCCCAAAGUCAGUUGGGAUAGGCUUGCUUACCACUUCAAUCAGAACAAAGUUCUUUGUGUAAACGUCCCCUUUGAAUGGGUGUCGAUCAGUUUCGGUUUGCUUGAAGUCACCCUCCUGAAUUUGUCACGUGCUAUACCAGAACAGAAUAUCCGCGUACCUGAAUGACUUGAACUGAACCGUACUGCUUGCUGGAAACGGGUCAUGCGUGGACUGCAAUCAGAGAGACUAGUUACAUCUCCCAAGGCCAGUGAAGCUCUAAAGCGCCUCUCGUCACGUUUUCCUCAGGGGACCCGUUUUCCCUCAGCCGCUCCACUAACCUUCACUCCACCACAUUGUAAAUAGGCCACAAUGACAAGUGCCUGUAUUUCCUAAACUCUCAGUCACACAGGACUUGACAGAAUGACAGGAAUAAGUGGGAGCAGAGCGGGGUCUUUGCACGACUGGAGGGUGCUGGGUGCUGACACUCAAACCUGGCUCACUCCACUCAGGGAAGCCUGUUGCAGUUUGGUCAUCUGACAGAAAAAAAUGUGGUGGUUACAGACUGACGGGCGUGCUGACUGUCUCUUGUGUGGACCACCUGUGUAAAGGCCACUCACUGAGAAAAUCUUAACCCCGACCCAACAGGGACUACCAAUUUUUUGCUCCCCACACUUCACCAGCCGAAGCUCUUCUAACAAUCAACACACACAUUGACAUGCUCUCUGACUUCACCCUUAUGAUUGAAUUCCAAGAUUUUAAAGAAUGUCACAUUUCGCAGCACCACUUUUCACCUCACGUCCCCACAAUGAUGCGUUUUCAGUAAAGUGUGUUAGAGUGCAAUCUAAAUUGUUGUUUGUUAAGAACUGGUAAAGCCCUUAACUCAUCAGGAUAAUCUUUUUUGGGCCAAAUAUAUCAUCAAAUAGGCAACUAAAGUACAUUUAGGACUGAACGUAUAAAUACUCACUGGCUUGCACUGAAAGAGCUAAUCUUGUGGUUUUCAUUCGUAGUUGUUUUCACAUGCUUCACCUUUUCUAUUCAUGGCAUUAUGGCGUCACAUCUUUUUCCUUCGCACAAGGGCACAUGUGCAUGAAUGUGUGUAUGAAAGCAAGGCAUUGAAUUAUCAGUAAAAUCGUUCACUUAGUGUUUUCACAUGACGCACCUUUUCACCUCAUUGACUCACCUCCUUUUUGAGAAAACAUUAAAGGGGAAGUUCAGAAUUUUUUACUUUAAUCUUCAAGUUAGUGGGGGUUUAAUUAAUUAGUGGAGUUGAUUUCAGCAAAUUCGGUGCAGUUAUUUAUUAGUUUCAGGGCUCCGGAGUGGCUAAGCCAGCACGAGUCAAUGAGCCUGUCCAAGCAUGCCAAUUAAAACCAACAUAUACACUCAUGAAAAUCACCGAUGACCCAUGCAAUCAAUAGUGUUCGCUAUGUUUUCAAGAAGAAGUUUAGGCCUGCAGCUAUCGCUUAUUUUAGAAGUCGAUUAAUCGUUGAACUUUAGGCGGUUCGAAUAUCGAGUAAGCGGAUUAGGAACAUAAAAAAAAUAAAAAUAAAACAAUGAAAAGAACAAUUGGCUAACUUACAUAGCAAAAGUGCGCUAGCUUAAAUAAUAUAAAAUGCUAACUUUUUUUUUUUUUUUCUUGUAAUACAAUGCUCUUAACAAAUAGGGGUGCACGAUAUCCAUUUUUUUAAACCGAUACCGAUCUCGAUAACUUCCUGCUCCUCAAAGCCGAUACCGAUAACCGAUAAUAAAUAUAUACUUUUUUAAAUGUAUAUUCACUCGAGUUUUUGAACACCUGGAGAUUUAAAAAAAAUUAAUAACGGUGGAUUCAACAUAGAUUUGUCUUUGAUCUCACCAGAAUUUUCAUAAUGACAUGAACAUUAUUAUAAUGAACAAAACAAAGACAAGAACAGUCUUGACUUCAAAUAAAGUGCCAAUAUUUAUUUUUUCAAAUAAAUAUAAUUUGAGUCAAUCACAAUCAAUUAGUCAAUAUAAUUGAAGAUGUGUUUCCUGAACUAAAACAUAAACCCAACAGGUAUUGUGCUUUGUCAUCAGAUAAAAAUAUUUGGUGCUACAGGAGACUGUUGUGGUCUUGGUCCAUGAAACAACUUUCUUAACCGGUGAGACAGGUUAGGACAGCAAGCCUAUCAAUAACCAAAAGGCUUCUCAAUAACUUACUAACUUAUAACUAACAUUGUAAACAUUAUAUAGUAAGGUUUAUCGCUCAGUCCUCAUAAUAAAAAUAUGGUAGAACAAAAAGGAUUAAUGGCUUGCCUUAUAAUAAUCAAUAUAAACGGCAGUGAGUGAACCCAUAUUCAAUAAAGUAUGAGGUUUAUUCUCUGCAUAGUAUAAAAUCCUAUCAAGCAUGCUGACAGGACUAACAUUACAUGACAACUAUUAUACGUAUGUAUAGCAUAGCACACUAGCUUGAGCUAAUAGCCUUAAGCAUUGGCUGGCUUCUAUAACACAACAACUUAUGAAGUUCGGUACAUAUGACCAUUCACCACCGAAGUAAACAUAUAUUGCACGUAGAGCUGAAACGAAUACUCGAGUAACUCGAGUUUAAAAACUGAUCCGAGUAAUUUUAUUCACCUCGAGUAUCCGUUUAUUUUGACAGCUCUACGCAUCACGUUUUGCUCGGACUACUUUUAAUGCGGGACAACGCGCUGAUGUUACGUGCGUAGAGGACAAAGCCCAAAAAAAAAAAAAAAAAAAAAAAAAAAAAAAAACUUACUGCAGCCGACAGCCGCUACACACGACGCCGUCGUUGCUAAAUACUUUGCGCGCAUGAUGCUACGUCACAUGUAUGUUGAACUAGAUGCGAAAUGACAGACUCGGCCGCGUCUGGGCAGCGUUGGUAAACUGCCGCCAUCUUAAAGCAGUAGAGCGCUAAGCGCUAAUAAAUAAGAUUAACGUUACUGUCACAAGCUCACGUAACGUUAACCCUGCGGAGGGCUAGGUUUCUUUUAAUUAUGACCACUGUCGAUGCGUGGCUAAUGUGUCUUACAUACAGGCUUUAACAUAACAUAGUGUUGUGGAGUGAUGAGAGUGUGAAAUAAAAACUUAAUAAUGCUAACUAUCAAUUUUAGCUCAGUAGUCAUUGCUGGAUAAAACACCAAGUAGCACUGGUCCCUAAUGUGCUCCAAUACAGCCUGUAUCAUACAUUUAUUUUGAACACUGCAAAAACUCAAAAUCCUAUCAGGACUUAGUUUAGACUAACUUAAAACUUAACUAGAACUUAAAAAUGGCUUGACACAAAUAGAAAUUCAAUUGAAACACGUGGGGAAAAAAUGCUAACUUUUAAGUGAUGUGUGUUAUCAAGCGUAACGGCAUUUUUAGGUAAGAUAUAUAUAUAUAUUUUUUUUUAUCUAAAAGUUUUUUUGAUUGAAAGCAGAGAAUUAGUCUUUUUUUUAAAUUCUAGUUACAUCUGAGAUGCAAUUGUUGGCUGUUUUCAACAAUAUACAUCGAAAAUAAAGACAUUGAUUGACUGAAAAUGGUUCAAGAUUAGAUGAAAUGUCUUGUUUUCUCAUGUAUAUUUAUAAUUGCUCUUCACCUAAAAAUAUAUUUGUUUUAUCAGAUUACUCGAUUCAUCGAUAGAAUUUUCAGUCGAUUACUAAAAUAUUCGAUAGCUGCAGCCCUACAUCCAUAUGUUACAGUUAACAAAUGCUUACAGACAUAUAUUUCCAAGGCGGAAACGUAAGUAACAGAAAGCAUUCAUGAUUGUCAAUGCUAACGCUAGACACAGCACUGUGUAAAGUGAAUGAGUUUGUGGGCCAAAUUAUAGAUGCAGCGAAUUAUUCUGACCGGCAGGUGGCAGCAAUGCCCCGCAAAUGGUCAACUGAUUUCCCAGCCAGCGAGCACAGUUCAUUCUGUAUUAUCGGUCCUAUUAAUUAUGUUAUUGGAUUUAUUGGGAUGACGUCAUAAUUCCUAUUAUCGGACCGAUAAUUAUCGUGCACCAGUACAAAUGGUUCACAUAUUCCCACAAAAAACUGUUAAAUAUACCCAUUAGCGUAAACAAAACAACAGAUCGUUUGAACAACGAUCUGCAUUUUUGAAUUUAUUUGACUAUGUUCGAUCUGUUAUUAUCGUUUUGUAUUUUUAUGCUCGGAAGGGACCAUUGACUCGCGCUAGGUUAGCCACUACGCAGCCCUGAAAUUAUUGAAUAACUAACAAACUGCACAGAAUUUGUGAAAUCACCUCUAAUGACUAAUUGAACCCCCGCUAACUCGAAGAUGAAGCCUAAUGUCAUAAAUUCUGAACUUCCGCUUUAAGUUGGCAUUUUUCAGUCAUUUCCACUUUGCACACUUAACCGGCAGUCCUGCCUUACUUGGUCCUUGCGAGUGCGUGCAUUUGUGCGAGACGCAGCUCAGGGCGAAAGGGUAGCGAGCGAGGUGUGAAGGAGGUUAAUCAUUACUGGAAGGAAACGUGUGACGUGCGUGUCCUCAAAUAGCUUCUCUCUCUCUUCUCAUUCUAUGCACACACACGCACUCACAUGCACUAUUGGCGCUUGUUCACAUCCCCGGGACCAGACGGAUCCAUAAGACCUCCAGGCAGCUCUGUGAUCGAAUUCCCUCACUCUUUUGUCUGGAUGAGAGCAUGUCAAACACACACAUGCAUACACACUGGUGCGCGCAUACUUGGAACUGACCGCUGCCUUACUGCUGACCUUUCCUAACCCAAAGCAUCUUUUCCUCGCUUAAGAAAAACAAAACAAAACAAAAAAACAGCACAAAGAUUCUCAAUCAAGAGAAUAAAAGUUUAUUUUUCUGAUGUUAAUAUUGUUCUUAAAGUUCCCCUCCAGUUGGCAUUAUUGUUAUUAUUAUUAUUCCAUAGCUGUUUCUGUUGUGUACAUUCAAUCCCCGCCAAAACUUCUUUUACUGUUUUUAGAUUGAACCGGUUUGUUUUAACUCAAGUGAAUAUCCCAUUUUAUUUUAGUUUUUUUUCAUCCUGUAAAGUCAUUUUUGUAGUUUUUACCUUGAGGGAGGUUGCACCAUUUGAAAAAGAAAAUCAGAUCGCGUGUACUAUUGUUUGUGUAAAUGUUACGUAACACUCCCGACGCCGAGAUGAGCAGAGUUUAAUCCCGUGACGUAACAUUAUCUCCACCUUUUUUUUUUUUCCUCCUUGUGGGUUGGUUGUUUUUUUCCCCUCCUCCCUUCCCUCCAAAAAGUUGUAAUUAAGCUGUAAUCAGGGUUAAUUAAAACCAGUUAAAAGCCAAAACAAAAGCUCCUGUGUGUUUGUCUGGUCGUCUCAAUUGGAUGCAAAUUUGUUACUGUGGCAGUAUUAACUGGCAGACAGUAAGACUGUCAGCUUUAAUUACCUGCUUGUUUGUCAACAAAGAGAUUAACUUUUGAUCAUGUCGCUUACAAGGCAAUUGUACUUUCAUAUUUUGAUAAAUUUAGCUUUAAUUUAGCAAUUUUGAAUUAUCGUGCUCGGUAAAAAAAAAAAAAAAAAAAAACAUCUUAAGCUCUUUAGCAUGAAUUAAAAAAUGAUUUUGUAAGUAACGUAGGGCAGGGGGGCCACCACUCCCCCCCUGGUGGCCGAAAAGUGUCAUUGCGUGUAGUUGACUUUCCUAUACAGUAUAUGGUUUUAAAAUUAGGAAUUAUCCAGUAAAACGUUGCCAAAAAAAGUCGUAAAGCAAUAAAACAACAAAAAUGAAUGACCUGAACAAAAAAAGAUAUUUUUAUAAUGGGUCAAAAUUAUUUUUCGAACAGAUGUGACUAGCACUAUGGUCAUUUGCUUUGCUUAGCCAAAACUAUGGAGGUAGAUUUG